GGGAGACGGAGGCCUGUGUGGAGGUUGCCCCUCCGUCCCUUCGCUCCCGGGGACCCUCAGGAAAAACCCAGCACCCCGGCCCCGUGGCCAGCCCCUUCCCCCAGGCUCUCUCCGCUCGAUUUCGCCACCGUUAUGUGGGAAGCGAAUCCGGAGAUGUUUCACAAAGAAGAAGAAUUCUUAAACAAAGCGACGGACAGCGAGGUGGACGAGAUGGACACGUCCGACACGCAGUGGGGCUGGUUCUACCUGGCGGAGUGUGGGAAGUGGCACAUGUAUCAGCCGGAUACCAACAUUCAGUGUUCAGUUAGCAGUGAAGAUAUCGAAAAAAGCUUCAAAACAAACCCUUGUGGCUCCAUUUCUUUUACUACUUCCAAAUUCAGCUACAAGAUAGACUUUGCAGAAAUGAAGCAAAUGAAUCUCACCACUGGAAAGCAGCGCUUAAUAAAAAGAGCCCCCUUUUCUAUCAGUGCUUUCAGUUACAUCUGUGAAAACGAGGCCAUCCCCCUGCCCCCCCACUGGGAAAAUGUGAAUACUGAGGUGCCUUAUCAGCUUAUCACUUUGCACAAUCAAACACACGAAUAUAAUGAAGUUGCUAGUCUCUUUGGGAAAACAAUGGAUCGCAACAGAAUUAAAAGAAUUCAGAGAAUUCAAAACCUAGACUUGUGGGAGUUCUUUUGCAGGAAAAAGGCUCAGCUCAAGAAAAAAAGAGGCGUGCCUCAGAUUAACGAACAGAUGCUGUUUCAUGGCACCAGCAGCGAGUUUGUAGAAGCAAUUUGCAUUCAUAACUUUGAUUGGAGAAUAAACGGCAUUCAUGGUGCUCUCUUUGGAAAAGGAACCUAUUUUGCUAGAGAUGCAGCUUACUCCAGCCGCUUCUGCAAAGAUGACAUAAAGCAUGGAAACACAUUCCAGAUUCACGGCGUAAGCCUGCAGCAGCGGCAUCUGUUCAGAACAUAUAAGUCAAUGUUUCUCGCUCGAGUGCUCAUUGGAGAUUACAUAAACGGAGACUCCAAGUACAUGCGCCCCCCUUCCAAAGACGGGAGCUACGUGAAUUUAUACGACAGCUGUGUGGACGACACCUGGAACCCCAAGAUCUUCGUGGUGUUUGAUGCCAACCAGAUCUACCCGGAGUACUUAAUAGACUUCCACUGAUUUCACAUCCAAGUCAGGGGGCAAGGAAGCUUGAGUCUUUUUUGCUGGGAGGUUUGCUCUCCUGUCACCUAGCCACUACAUGUCAAUUAUCUGAUACUUUGGAAGCAGAUAGGAGCAAAAGUGGCCUCCCUAUAAAAAGACAUACUGACUUUGUGGUUGGUUUUUUCGUUGUUUUGUUUCUGUCUGUUUCUCAUGUCUGUCGCUUGUGUUUGUGGAAGAUUGAUGUGGUGGCUGUUUUAACACCUCGGGUGCAAGACGGCGCUGCAGACUGAAUCAGCUGAGUCGCUCAGUCUUUAAAGUUUAUGCGUGUGUCUUCAGGGUAAAUGUGUUCCGUUCACAUAGACUUACUCAAGUAUAUGUUCAAGAAAUAAAAAUAUAGACAUAAACGUGCCCCUUCA